AUGCUCAACAAGAAGAUGAAGCGGCUGCUGCGGGGCAAGCACACCGCUAACAGCGCGUCGGCGGUCGCACACGCCCGGUCGGGGAAGCUGAAGCCACCGGAGCGUGGGGUCGUCUCUACGUGGUGCAAGGAAGCAUGGGAGUCCGUCACCUCCGAGACGGUGAAGACUUGCUUCAAGAUCUGCGGUCUCACGCUCGCGCUCGACGGCAACAAAAACCACGCCUGGUGCAAGCACAACUUCGGGGAAGACUACCGCGACCUUCUCGAGGAGCAGCACGCCGUGUGGCUCGCUGAGCACCCCGACGUUACUCUCCCGCCGCUCAAGCUGCCGAAGGUACCAAGGGGGGUCGACCCCAACCCCAUCACGGCUGCUCAGAAGGAGGUCGAGGGGAAGCUUCUGCCCUACGUUGCUGAUGAGAGCGACAGCGAGGUGGAGGUCUUGCAGGGCGACAGCGACGUGGAAGUCGUGGAGGGGCAGGUGGGCGGGGGCGCCGAAGGAACAGUAGUCGAACUUUGAAUCAUAGUUGUUUGGGAUUGCCAGUGAGAUUGGAUGUUUUUGCGAUGGUAGGGGCGCGGGCACGAAGUAGAGUUCAACCCGCAUAGGAAAUACAGUAGUAGGACGUUGGUAGCUCGUAGUGGUAGUUUGGUGCGAUUUUUUACUACGUUUUUGGUUUCAUCUGCGUUUAGAAGUGUUAAGUGGAUGCCGUUUGCCGAUUUGCUGAUCUUGAUUCUUCAGAACGAAAAUUAGAGAACAAAGAGUACAAAUACCACAUUUAUGAACAUCGUCAUGGUGCCAAGGGCAGCAGUAGCACUGGAGCACGCGAUUCAAGCUCCCACAGUAUCCGGAAUUUUCAGCUCAAGAUGCUGGUGAAAGGGUAUCACUUACCGCCAAACCUCACCGCACAUAUCGACGUCUCCGCACAGUGUGGGGAGACGACGAUGAUACCUGUGCGAUAAUCUAGCAAAUCAUUCGGAACGCGCUUGUUUUCCGCAUACCCUGUGCCAAGGCCCCG